AAACGAGAAGUUAUGUAUGCUUGUCAACAGAAUUUCUGUAAAAAUUUCCAUACGCCUGUCCGCCCAGGAAGUGCUUGGCUGCCGCUCUCCUCCGGGUACGUCUAUCUAUCUAUUCACACCCGAGACGAGCCGACGCCAAAUUCUUCCUAAAACCCUAAAUCCCUUUCCUCCGAUUCAUUGCCUAUUUCUGGUCUGCUUUUCGCGCAACUAAAAUGACGAAUGACCAGAAUAGUGGUCCCGCUCACAGAGAACUCUAUGCUUUGCUUCACAUAUCGCCAGAAGCAUCUGAUGAAGAAAUCAGAAGGGCUUAUCGCCAGUGGGCUCAAGUUUACCAUCCUGACAAAUAUCAGGCUCCACGAAUGAAAGAAAUUGCUACGGAGAAUUUUCAACGAAUAUGCGAAGCAUAUGAAAUAUUGACUGAUGAGAACAAAAGGUUAAUUUACGACAUUUAUGGGAUGGAAGGAUUGAAAUCUGGUCUUGAGCUUGGCCCAAAAUUGAAUCAAGUUGAGAAAAUCAAAGAAGAACUUGAGAGAUUGCGGCGCCAAAGAGAACAGGACAAUGUCACUGCACAUAUUCAACCUUCUGGUUCCAUCUUGGCAACUUUAUCAUGGCCAGAUUUUUUAGAUGGUGAUGGCAUUAUGCAAGGGAUGGCUAUGGCCAGUGAAGUUGAAUCUCAAAUAUCAAAAAGAAAUUCUCUUUCAAUUGGUGGAAAUUUGGCUGUCAAUGAAACUGCUGGUGGUGGUGCUGCUGUUGCUGUCCUUAGGCAUCAAAUAUCUCCAGUUUCUUCUUUAGAACUCAUGGGAUCCAUUGGUUUGCAGUCUUUAUUAGGAGUGCAAACUUCUCGUCAAUUGUCUGUCCAUUCCACUGCACGUAUGGGCCUUGCUUUAUCUUUGAAAGAUGGCUCCAUUAAUCUAUCAAACACAUGGACCCGUCAACUCUCAGAGACAGCAAAUGGAACUAUAGAACUUUCUUUAGGUCCAGAGUCAUCUAUAGAUAUUGGAUGGCGAAGGAAAGCAGAAAACAUGGCUGCCUCAGGAGCAAUUAAGAUUGGCACAAGUUCAUUUGGAGCAACAGCUCGUUACACACACAAACUUUCCUCAAAAUCACAUGGGCGCAUUGCUGGCACAGUGGGAAGUCAUGCUCUAGCCCUUGAAAUUGGAGGUGGAAGAAAGAUAUCCAAAUUCAGCACUGUUAGAAUGUUAUACUCCAUUGGAAUUCAGGGAAUUAUCUGGAAAUUGGAACUGCAUCGUGGAGGGCAAAAAUUAAUUGUUCCUAUAUUGCUGUCACAUUAUUUGAAUCCCAUUUUUGCUACAGGAGCAUUUCUUAUUCCAGUUUCUCUUUAUUUUACCCUCAAGAAAUUUGUUUUGAAGCCGUAUUUUCUUAAACAUGAGAAACAAAAGGCUUUGGAGAAUAUGGAGAAGACUCAAAGCCAGGUUCAAGAAGCUAGGGCUGCAGCUGAGAAAGCUCAGCAGCUAUUACAAAAUGUGGCCAGCAGGAAAAGAAAUAGACAAGAAGAAAAGGGUGGACUAGUUGUUACAAAGGCACUUUAUGGAAGCCUGAAAGCUGUAUCAAGUAGUCAUAACUCUGAGGAGAUGGAACAUGAAUGGGUUUCACAGGUCUUGGAUGUCACAACACCCCUAAAUUUUCUUGUUGAUGAUUCUGGACAGCUCAAGCUGCAUCAAGGUGUGAAGAAAUCUGGAAUUAUGGGCUUCUGCGAUCCUUGUCCGGGUGAACCCAAGCAACUGUAUGUGGAAUAUACAUAUGGCAGCAACAUAUAUGAGGUCACUGUUGAUGAUUAUGAGGAGCUACUAAUACCACAGAGAGGACAUGAAGUUUAAAUGACGAAUGUUGAUGCUGAUUAGAUCUUUUCACUAUAUUUUGAUUAAUGUUGCUGUUUUGGUCAGGGAAUGUGAAUUGGGGGGAAGUAUUUGAUUCCCUUGGUGCAUUUCAUUGUAACUUAGUCCAUCCAGUAUCAAGGUGAUAGGAUUGUUUUAGCAAGUCAUUCGGGACCCAUUAUUAUUGACCUGCAUUUUUGUUUUCAACUCCAUCUCUCAGCACGAGGGCAUGUGACACUUUUAGAACUGGCUAGUUUCAAUAAAGCUUACUCUUCUUACCA